AUGAACAGAGUUAGUGCCACCCGCGAAACAAAGAGUGCAAAUCAGAGGCUGCAAUACACAAUGCAAGCGCAGGACCGGAUCCCAGCUGCUGAUGUUACUGCUAAUACAUCUGUCCCUGCCAUUAUGUCAAGUUCUUGUCUCUGUGUAGAGGGUAAAGUGGUCAUUAUCUGCCGCAGAGUUGACAGGUUUGGCCGCAUCCGGAAGGACAGCAACCAGAGUUACUCCAGAUCCCGGUCGAGAUCAGGGUCGCGGCCGAGAGGAAGACCUGGAAGAACAUUCUCAUCCAGUCGCUCUAGGUCUCGGUCAGGCUCAAGAUCCAGUUCAGCCUCUUCGAGGUCUAUCUCGAGAGGGCGCUCCAUUUCAAGGUCAAGGUCACGUUCAAGGUCCAGCUUCUCCCGCAGCAGCUCAGCUUCCAGUGUAGGGAGCAGGCGAAGAGGAGAGAAGAGAAGGAUGACCCAAGGAACAGUGUCAUACGGCCAGGCCAAGAGCAAGGCCAUGGACCCCAUGAAGCUCUCAGGACAGAAGCAGCAGAUCAAGCUGACGCUGAAGGGGUCGGCCAUGAGACGCCUGGAUAAGCCAGUGCUGCCACAGGAAGAUGACAGCGGUGAGUCGGACACAGACGGAAAAGUCAUCCGCAAGCGCAAGCCAGACAGCCCACCCCAGAGCCACCGCCACAGAAAGUAA